GAGUAAAUAAGCGACAGGUAGAAUAAAAUUGUUGAACUAAAUUAAAUUGUGUUUAAAAUUAUUUAACAACGAAAGAAAAUUAUAAUUUGGUUCCUUGGUCACCCUAUUGCAUGCAGUUCUGCUGAAAACGAAAAAAAAACAACAAACAAAAACAAGAAGAAAAACAAAUUUGUUUGCAUUUGCUGUUUCCCCUCCGUUGAUGCUGAUUGGUCCAUCGUGUCAGCCCGCAACUAUAUAAAGCGAGCCGUUCCGUUGUCAAGCUCAUUCAUCAGUCUAAAGCGAACGACGAAGCAUCGCAGGAAGCGGAACACCCGUACACAUUCGACCCCUGUUCGUGUUGGCAUUGAAGGACGGGCAGUAGCGUGGAAACGAGAAGCGGCUGCCUUGCUGGAGUCGAGCCCGAGAGGAUAGCGGCGUUGAGCGGCCAUACACAUCCAACCCCUGCUUGUGUAUUGGCAUUGGAGGACUAGCAGUAGCGUGGGAGCAAAAAGCGGAGCCGAGCCCGAGACGGCAGUGGCGUUGGGGGUGAAUCCCAUUGUGUCGCAUUCGUUGAAGUGAGGCAGCGGCAGCUUCGUUAUACCAACCCAACGGUCUUCUGUCAAGCUUCGGCGGCGGCGAUACUGCUGAGAGAAAAAACAUCGAAACAACGGCCCUUAUCAGGGCCACCGAGGAAACGGCUUUACGUGCUGUCUGUUGGUAGCAACAAAAAAAAACAACAACAAAGGCCCUUUGUCAGGGCCACUGAGAGGAAACGAGUACAGCGGCAACAGCAACAUGCAGUCGACCGACUACGACAAUGGCGCAACCGGUAGGAGGGCCGAAUCACCAGAGAAGUUCAUCAAGAUAAUAAAACGGAAGGCAGCUACAAAAAUUGCGGAGGAACUUUCAAAAGUAAAGGCAGAGCUAGAGAAAACCCGAAUGGAAAAGGACGAGUUAAGCCGGAUUCUGGCAACUAAAGGCCAAGAGGAUAACGAGUUUGCACAAGCCAGAUCGAGCACAAUUCGUGAGGAACAUUCUGCCAAUGAGACGCUACUUAUGACAAUGAACAAUAUGUCAUUGGGCAGUCUCAAUAUCCCCGAAUGCGUGCCUGCAACAGGUGAAUCGGAGCUAAGCAAGCGAGAUUACGAUCACUGGAAGAAUGUACUGAACGCUUCCUUGAAUCUCAUUCAAGCUGUUGACGAGUCAACCAGAUUCGACCUCCUUCGCAUCAAAGCAGGCUCAUUGUUACUUGAGUUACUAGAUGGUACCACCACACAAUGCGACAUGCCGAACGAGCGAGAAUUCCCAUACUCGAAUGCAAUUGCUAGACUCGAUGCUCAUUUCGGCUCAAGGGCGUACAUGUUGUCGCAGAGAAGCAAGUUGGCUAACAUGGUCCAAAGGAGCGGAGAGACGAACAUCCAGUUUGUGAAACGAGUGGCUCUGGCAGCGAAACUAUGUAACUACAAGGCCGAUGAAGAGUUCGAAGCAAUUUCCAGAUCAGUAACCAGAGGAUCAACGGAUAGUCGAGUCAGAACCCUUGCCUAUCGAGUCCUUACCGAGGGCGGUUCUCUGAACGAGUUGAUCGACCAAGUACGCAUCCGUGAGGUCGAAUUAGAGAACGAGAAAGAUUAUAGAAGGCUACACCAGCCCCAGUCGGCUACGGUGGCGGCUAUCUCGCGACGACCAGAUGAAUAUGUCCAACGACGACGUGGUCCAUACGAAGCAUCCAGAGGAUACAACAAUAGUCGGGGUAGAGGAUCUUUUGUGCGUGGUCCAAUGCGAAAUCAAAGACUGGCUCAAACAUGUUGGAGGUGUAUGAGUGCAUAUCACUCACCCGAACAAUGUUUCCACUCCGACAAAGUAUGCCGUAAUUGCAAUCGGCGAGGGCACAUUGCUAGAGCAUGCUCAGCUCAAUUUAAGUCGGAACCAAUGAAGCGCGGAUGGACGGGAGACGAAAGUGAACCCCCGACUAAGAUUGCUGCGGUCCAUAAAACGGAAGAAGAGAUGCUUGAUACAAAGGUAUCGCAUAUCAUACUGCCUGGUCCGAUAAAGUCUGAUAUUGGAAGGGUCAUAUCCAACGAACCUAUCGAAAAAGCAGCAUACAUCGUAGCAUACGUAGCCGGAAUACAAGUUCUAUUUUUUAUUGACUCUGGGGCACAGGUCAAUACCAUUACGAUGGAGUCAUUCAAUGCGAUUCUUCAAGAUAAACAUGCGAAGAAAAAUUUGCAUGAACUAACAUACGGAUCCGAUAAGACAUUACGUGCAUACGCUACUCAAGGAAGUAUUGACGUGGUUGCAACCUUCUCGGCACAGCUUUUCGUAUCAGACGAAAGACCAGUAACCACGGAAAAAUUUUACGUAGUGCGUGAAAAGAGAGCCCUUUUGGGAUUCAACACAGCGGUGCGAUACAGCCUGUUGAAGGUAGGCCUAGAAGUAUCAGUUGAAGAAAAUAACGAGCUAGAUUGGCCCUGCGAAUUCAACUUACAUAGCAUCGAUGCAUCCCUUUCUGAAUUUCCGAAAUUCAACGUUCCUGCAGUAGUUCUGAGCUACGACAAGUCUAUGCCACCGUCGAGGAAUGUUUAUACUCACAUUCCGGCUGCUUUCAAGGAGUUGACUAACCAAAAAUUGAAUGAAUUGCGACAGACCGGUAUCAUAGAAAAGGUGACGAACGACAUGGACAAGAGUUUUGAAGUCAUGCAAACUGUAAUCCUGUCUGAAUGCGAAGGAACUGUGAAUUACCUAGAUGAUGUCAUGGUGUUCGGACAAACGAUUGAAGAACAUGAUCGCAAUCUUCAGAAGGUCCUAAAGAAGCUUGAGGAUCAUAAUGUUAUGAUCAAUCAAGAUAAAUGUUUCUUUGGAAAAGAAAUUGUCAAAUUUCUAGGUUUCAAAGUAACAAAUGAGGGCUGGCAAGUAGAAAGCGAGAAAAUCAGCGCGAUCCAGGAUGCACGAAGACCAGAAACACCAGCAGAAGUGAAAAGUUUUUUGGGCCUCGUAACGUUCAUCGAUCGAUUUAUUUUUCAAAGGGCAGAUAAAACUCGUCAUUUGCGAGAAUUAUCCAAAGCAAAGGACUUCUACUGGAAUCAAGAGCUUGAAGAUGAGUUUCUGUACUUGAAAACCAGUGCGUGGAAGCAUAUUAAAACCCUGGGAUAUUUCAACCGUGACGAUGAAACCGAAUUGUUCGUAGACGCUUCGCCAUAUGGGCUAGGAGCCAUUUUAGUACAAUACGACUCAGAAUCUAAACCUAGGAUCAUCUCAUGUGCAUCGAAGGCAUUGACGUUGGCUGAGAAGAAAUAUCCGCAAACGCAAAAAGAGGCCCUAGCCAUGGUCUGGGGCGUUGAGCGGUUUUCCGUGUAUCUCCUGAAUAUACACUUCACAAUUCGAACUGACGCGGAAUCCAACGAAUUUAUUUUCGGGGGUUCGCAUAGAAUCGGCAAGAGGGCAGUUUCAAGAGCAGAGGCGUGGGCUCUGAGACUUCAGCCGUAUAACUUCAAGGUUGUACGGGUACCAGGAGAAUUGAACAUGGCUGAUGCAUUAUCUCGUUUAGUAACAGAAUCACAGGCGACUGAAUCUUUCGAUGAAUCCCACGAAAAACACCUUCUCUAUUAUCUGGAUACCGGCUCAAUGGAGUUUACCUGGGAUGACAUAGAGACCGAAGCUGAAAGAGACGCAGAACAAAUCCUGAUACGUGAGUCGAUAAGAACCAACUGCUGGGAGAAGAAUCUAAAGAGGUAUGAAUCAGAAGCAAAGAAUCUAAGGGUACUCGGGGCCCUCGUUUUUAAGAAUGAUCGUGUGGUUCUUCCGUAUGCUCUUCGAGAUCGUGCUAUGCGUUCAGCUCAUCAAGGACAUAUGGGUGCAUCUUCGAUGAAGAAGAUUUUAAGAAAUUAUUUCUGGUGGCCAUGCAUGUCCAAACAUGUAGAAACGUUCGUGAUGGGCUGCGAAACAUGUUUCCGGUUGUCUAAGAAGAAUCCACCAGUUCCUUUGACCAGUCGCGAUUUACCUGACGGGCCAUGGGAAAUUCUGCAGGUGGAUUUCUUCUCAUUCAAGGACUGUGGAUCGGGAGAGUUUCUGGUUGUGGUAGAUGUCUAUUCUAGGUAUCUACAUGUUGUAGAAAUGAAACAAAUAGAUGCGGACAGCACAAAUGCAGCAUUAAGCAGGAUUUUCGAAGUCUGGGGAUAUCCCAUUGCUAUCCACAGCGACAACGGUCCUCCAUUCCAAGGAGAAAAGUUCAUCAAGACGUGGGAAAACAGAGGAGUAAAAAUAAGAAAAGCAAUCCCCUUGAGUGCUCAGUCGAAUGGUGCCGUAGAGCGCCAAAAUAAGGGAUUGAAAGACACCCUUGCAGCUGCAAAGAUAGAGAAGGUCAAUUGGAAAAUGGCUCUAGAACAAUAUUUGCAUAUGCACAACAAGUCUAAAGCGAACGACGAAGCAUCGCAGGAAGCGGAACGCCCGUACACAUUCGACCCCUGUUCGUGUGUUGGCAUUGAAGGACUGGCAGUAGCGCGGAAACGAGAAGCGGCUGCCUUGCUGGAGUCGAGCCCGAGAGGAUAG